UUUAACAAUUUAAAUCAUAAAUUAUGCUAUAUAAAUUAAACACUUUAUAUAUAUAACUAAAUAAACUUAGAUGUUUAACUUAGUUCUUCUCCAGUGUCUUCUUUUAGCAUUAUAUCUGAUAGUGUUACCAGAUCUCAAUCUGAUCCAUUGAGGUAAUGGUCUGUUUUGUUUUUGAGCUUUAGCUAACUUUUGUUUAACUUUGAAAGUUUUUUGAGACUAUAUUUGUUAGUAUUUUGUCUUGUAUUAUGCUGCCAUCCAUCUUCAUUAUAAUCAUAAUCCAUCAAUCAUAAUCUCCACUAUUCAGUUGUUCAUCCAUUCCUCUUCCCAGUUCUUCCACUAUUCAUCCAUUUAUCUAUUCGUUCGUCCACUCAGCUAUUCGAGGGAAGCACUUAUUCGAUGGAAGCACCUAUUCAGUGGAAGCACCUAUUCAGUGGAAGCACCUAUUCGAUGGAAGCACCUAUUCAAUGGAAGGCAGAUACACCAAUCAUACAUACAGGCAUCUUUAACUAUUCAAAUGAUGAUGAUAAAGUAAUAGUUCUUUCUAAAAGAUUUUUUUUUUUCAAGUAAAGUCUCAGAGUUUUCUCAGGCUUUUUUUUUUGUUAGCGUUUUGAAAGUGAAGACCUCUUCGCGGCGGUCGUGCGCGCACACCCAAACUGUGACUGUUGAAUUUGCUACGCUUUUCUUUUGCGAAGCGAACAAAAAUUACCUGGGAAAAAAAUUAAAAGUGAAAAAU